CAACAAGGAAGCAGUAUCACUGCUGUGUCGAUCUGCGGUGUGUGAUAGUCCCGCUCCCAACCCGUACCUACAUAGCCAUUAGCCACCGCCAGCUAGUCCGAUGCCCUGCAUGAUAGCCCGAGGCCCAACAUGAACCGGCGCGCACUCUAGUUCCGUUUAUUAUAACUCUCGGGCCAUAGCCUCCAUGGCCCCGGAAAUUUGUCUCAAAGUUAAUUGUGCAUCUUACAUCCACCACAAACGACCAUGGUGUCCCCCGCUCAAAGCCUUCGGGACCAGUGGAAGGAGCCAUCCGACAUUUUCACAGUCCUCCUAAUUAUCGGUGGAGACAUUGUCCAGCAAGCCUUGGGGGCCGUAUCGGGAGGAUUUCUUACCCCGGUCGCAUUCUCCUACGGAUGGGUUGCAUACGCCGUGUCGGCCCUUCUCUCUGCCACUGGCGAUGGCCGGCUCAUGCCCGAGACUCCUAUCACUAAUUUACGGGUGAUUAAUCUCAAGUCUGGCUACUGUCGCUGGAAUCGAUCAUGGGUACUCGGUCGCGUGUUUCAGGACUAUGAGCAUUGGAUGCCGAGUGCGGUGCGUGAGCGAUUGGAAGAGCAUCCGAGUCAGAACAGUGACGAAGAAGAGAAGGUUCCGGGCUUGCUUCCGGGGGUCCGGCAGCCAGAGGUGGCUCUAUGUGUGGCUGUCUAUCACUGGUCUACUAAGGGGAACUCUUUAGCGCGUCCUGGCCAUGACUGGGUUUGGUGGACGGGACUGCUGGUCUCACUCAUUCAGAUUGCCAUCAGUGCUGUCCCGUUCGGGAUCUACGGGGACUGGCGAGUCUUCUUGGUGACGGUCAGCGGGACCGUCCUGGCGUAUGCCGCGGGGGCAUUGCCGGGCUGGCGGAAAGAGAAAUGGGCGUGUCGCAGAGGGUCAGGGAAAGACGUGGCAUUGACGUUGGGGAACGGAUCCACCCAUGUGGUGAUUGUGCAUGGAGGCCAUCCCGAUGGACUGGAUUUGGAGGAUCUGGCGGGGGCUGAGGUUCGACACUCAGGAGCAGCGACCUCGAACCGUCGAUCUAUAUCCCGAAUGAUCGAGUCAUGUAACACGACACGAUUUCUGAUUACAUUUCUUGCCAUUCUCUGGCUCGUUCUCUUGAUUACUAGCCAAGCCAUCGAAAGUCAUACCUGGUAUCUGGUCGGCGUUGGGGGCUUGGGCAUGAUCCAGAAUCUGAUAGUUGCAGGGGCACCGCGCUUCCCUGAAAUGCUGGGCAUUCCUGUCGAAUUGAGCGAAAGCUCACAGGGUACACCUUCAAUCUUCGCCGAGUACAAAGUGAUGUACUCGCUCAUGGAGUUGGAGUUGGGGUAUAAGGGAUUCGGAAGAGCACUCCUGGCGGAGUUCUUUCCUGGCAAGCUGAGAGAUUGGGAGGAGAAAUGGUGGGCGCUUACGGACAAUGAAGAGAGGCGAGUGAUAUUGGAUGAGAAGAAAAGAGGUUUGCAACGAUGAUGUGUAUUGGUUUUCUCCCAUGUGUUGAAUCUUGGCGUUUGAAUGAUAAAGUAGCUGUUCCUGUG